CCCCGGCGCUGGGGGCGCGCAGCCGGGAGAGUGUUUGACGUGGCAGUUCCCAGCCCGGCUGCAACUCUGUGCGCGAGACCAGCCUGUGGGGACACAGGGCCGGGGGAAAGGCGCCGCGGGAGCAGCGGCCGCAGCGGGAGCUGGGUCACCGGGGGCACCCGGCGCUAGGAGCAGAGCGCAGGCUCUCGGAAGUCCAGCGGCGUGCGGGAGCAGACCAGAGUCCUUUUGUGGAGCUAUCCCUUGGAAUGAUAUUUUCAUAAUGAGUCAACAAGGAUAUGUGGCUACACCCCCCUAUUCUCAGUCCCAGCCUGGAAUAAGCCUUACUCCACCCCAUUAUGGAUACUAUGGGGACCCAUCUCAUGCAGGUUCUCCACCAGGUAAAGUGCAUUAUUUUGACUUGCAUGUGAUUAUUGAUUCUCAGGCUGGUUCCUGCCACCACCAUUUCUCCUCUGGCUCCUGCAUAACCUUUGUUACUUCUCUGAAGUCCUCACCAGCUGCUGUGCCCAGCAAUGCUAGUCCUCGAUACAUUCGUUGCACAACAUAUUGUUUCCCAUGCACGUCAGAUAUGGCCAAGCAAGCUCAGAUUCCAUUAGCUGCUGUCAUCAAACCCUUUGCCACAAUUCCUUCAAAUGAGUUUGUGCCUCUUUUUCCCCAGACACUUUUCCAGCCCCAAACACAUGUCUACAACUCACUGGCCAAGGAGUGUGUGGCUCACGGCUGCUGUGUGACCCUCUUCCUCUUUCCCAGCCAGUAUGUGGACGUGGCCUCUUUGGGUCUCGUGCCUCAGCUCACCGGAGGAACCCUUUACAAAUACAACAAUUUCCAGAUGCACAUGGAUAGCCAACAAUUUUUGAAUGAUCUCAGAAAUGAUAUUGAAAAGAAAAUAGGAUUCGAUGCUAUUAUGAGGGUUCGUACCAGCACAGGUUUCAGAGCCACUGAUUUCUUUGGUGGAAUUUUUAUGAACAACACCACUGAUGUAGAAAUGGCAGCCAUUGAUUGUGACAAGGCAGUGACUGUGGAGUUCAAGCAUGAUGACAAGCUUGGCGAAGACGGUGGAGCCUUAAUCCAGUGUGCUGUGCUUUACACGACCAUCGGAGGUCAGAGAAGACUUCGGAUUCACAAUCUUAGCUUGAACUGCAGCUCCCAGUUGGCUGAUCUCUAUAAGAGCUGCGAGACGGAUGCCCUUAUCAACUUAUUCGCCAAGUCAGCAUUUAAAGCAGUUCUACACCAGCCCUUAAAGGUCAUCCGGGAAAUUCUGGUUAAUCAGACUGCCCAUAUGUUGGCAUGUUACCGAAAGAAUUGUGCAAGUCCAUCUGCAGCAAGCCAGCUUAUUUUACCAGAUUCCAUGAAAGUAUUACCAGUGUACAUGAAUUGUUUGUUAAAAAAUUGUGUGCUGCUUAGCAGACCAGAGAUCUCAACAGAUGAGCGGGCGUACCAGAGACAGCUGGUCAUGACCAUGGGUGUGGCCGACUCUCAGCUUUUCUUCUACCCACAGCUUCUGCCAAUACACACAUUAGAUGUCAAAAGUACAACACUACCUGCUGCUAUUCGUUGCUCUGAGUCCCGUCUUUCAGAAGAAGGAAUAUUCUUAUUGGCUAACGGUCUCAACAUGUUCUUAUGGUUAGGAGUUAGUAGCCCACCAGAACUGAUCCAAGGAAUAUUUAAUGUGCCAUCUUUUGCACAUGUCAACACAGAUAUGACAUUACUGCCUGAGGUUGGAAACCCAUACUCUCAAACACUCAGAAUGAUAACGAGCAUCAUCCAGCAAAAGAGGCCAUAUUCAAUGAAGCUGACAAUAGUAAAGCAGCGGGAGCAGCCAGAAAUGGUUUUCCGACAGUUCCUGGUAGAAGACAAGGGACUUUAUGGAGGAUCGUCUUAUGUGGAUUUCCUUUGUUGCGUUCACAAAGAGAUCUGCCAGCUGCUUAAUUAAAUGAAUUCAAUUAUUGUUGAUGUUGCAUUUUUAAGGAGAUAAUCUCCUUCUUGGUGCCUAAUUCUCUAGAUGAUACCAGGCUAGUUUUGAUUUCUUGCUCAUUUUCAAAAUAUCUUUCCAGGAUGACGUUUAGGACUUCAGCUUUGGUGCUCAGGUAUAAAGUCAAUGAAGGUACAAUUGUACUUUUUAAAGGGAACAGUCUAUUUCUGAUUGCACAAUUUUUAACUGUUAAAAGUGAGCCAGUUUGCAUUUCAUGAAAGGCAUAGUUUACAGAACUGUAAACAUUCUCAAUUUUCUUUCUUUGUGCUAGACAUAUAAAUUAUUUUUCAAAAUGUAUAGAUUUGGGGUAAAAAGUUGUCUUGGCUCUCCCAUUUGCAGUGAGGGAAAAAAAAACAAUUUUUACAUUAUACCUAAUUUUUUUAAACCAUGUGACACCCAUUGAACAUGUUUUUCAACUUAAGGUCUGCAUAGCAGACUUCUAAUAACCUUGGAAUCUAUUUGGUAGAACAAUUUGUGUUCUACAUUUUUUUUUUCAUGACUAUAUGUUGUGUAUGUUAAAACUGUUUUCCAGUUGUUGUUUUGUCUAUAAAACUGUCUUUAUCUAUAUUCUUAAUGGUUCUCUGUACAAUCUUGAGGGUUUCUACCUGUAUAUAAUGGAUAUUAACCAGUAUCAAUAAAUCACUUCAUAUGCUCUUACUCAACAGGUAGAAAUUUUUUAGGCAUUUUGAGAUUUUAAAAAGAAAUAAGGGUGUAGUACUCAGUGUCUUGGGAAAAAGUUGUUUAAAUGGUUCACUAAGAACAAAUUGGGAAAGCUGAAAUUUUUUUUUGAGGGUUGGGAGUGUUAGGUGAAUAUAUCAAUCUAGGAAAUAUGAGAGACAAUGUACUUGAGAAAUGCAUUUUUUAAACAUUCUCUAAUAUGCCCUUGUGGGCAGAACAAUAGAAAUGGGCUAUAUGAGACCAUUAUUAUUAAUGAAUAUACAUAAACCUAGAAGGGUGGUUUUGAGUGGUCUGACACAGACCUCUGUCCUGUAUCUGCCCUGUUCAACUUUGAUAUCAGUGAUAUGAAUAAAUAAUGAGUUAAAUAUAUUGAGUA